AUGUCCAUCACAUAUGAAUGCGUCCUUCUCGGCACAUUCGACAGCAGUCUACUGGACAAAGUGCGCGACAAGCUGCGGGUGAUAUGCGACGCGAAUGGUGAUCUGCACUGCCACGAGAAAGUAAUGAGUGUGCAAGCUGGGCCCAACACGACGAAUGGACGGAUGGUGAUGCGGCGGGAGGGUAUUGACGAGACGGAUGAGUCUGCCAAGUGGACUGCUGUGCGUAUUUUCAGAGCUGAACCAGCGUCUCGCUACAACCCACAGCUUCUCAUCCGCUCCACUAUCAACUUGCCCCUCGAUACCAAUCACAAUGCUGUCGAGUUUGUGCAGGCUCUCGGAUACAACCCGAAUCACGAAUUCAGCAAGCGCGGCGAUACGUAUAUGUGCAACGGCGUCAUAGUCGGCGUCUACCAACUCCAUAAUGUCGGUGUAAAUGGAGAGCGCGUACAUGAAGAUAAUGUGUGGAUGGUCGAAGUGCGCAGCUUGCCAGUCGUGCCUGACCAGAGUGCAGUCGCCGAUCCGCUCAAUGUAGCCAUGCACAAUUGUCUCAAACUGAAAGCCACACUGAAACCAUUAGUCUUGUUAAAACGGGUAGAGCACUAA